UGAAUGAACAAUUAAAAUGUCUAAAUAUAGUAAUGAUUGAAAAUGCACAACGCAAUUAAUUGUAAUUAAUUAUAUGUAACUAAGUAAAUUAAAUUGAAUAUUUGAAAACUUGAUAAAUGAUUAAUUGAAUUAAAAACAAACCAAAGAAUUAAAUUAAGGUUAGGUGACCAUUAAAAAAAAAAAAAAACUACACGCUACAUUAGAACUUUUCCUUCAUCGGCUUAUUUUCAUUAUGUGGUGACUGUUCUUGUCAUGAUGAGUUCCUCUCCCGUCGUUGAGCAUUCCUCCCCUUCCACCACCCCCUCGUCACCAGCUCUGAGGCCCGACAGCGGACACUUUCACUCCUCAACACCAAACUACACCGGCAGGAAGCAUCAAAAUCCACCGUUGAACGUCGUGCUCCCGUCAGCGGCGCCGACAACAACGCCCAUAUACGGCGAACCAACUUUGACUCCGCCGCCGAGGUCACCCGGUGCGGCCGCCGUGACUCCAGCCUCGGGAGAUUCGAGGGCCCAUCCACCGGACGGAACCUCCUCGGAUAAGUCUUCGGAGACCGCUGUAGGGGGCGUUUGUCGGCCGGCCAGCACGGCUCUCUCCAGGAAGGAGAGCUACAAGGCCCAGAGGCAGAACUAUCGUCGUGAAAAGAAGAGAGCCGCCUCAGCUUUGUUGCACUCCAUCGAGGAUCCAUCGGUCGUGGUCCUGGCUGAUUGGCUAAAGGUACGAGGCUCGCUCAAAUCUUGGACCAAACUAUGGUGCGUUCUGAAGCCGGGUCUGCUCUUGCUGUAUAAGAGCCCGAAGGCGAAGAGCAGUCACUGGGUGGGGACGGUGUUGCUGACUUCGUGUCAGGUGAUCGAGAGGCCAAGCAAAAAGGACGGCUUCUGCUUUAAGCUCUACCAUCCGCUGGAGCAGAGUAUCUGGGCGCCGAGGGGACCUCAUAAUGAAACUAUAGGUGCGGUGAUCCAGCCAUUGCCGACUGCCCACCUGAUCUUCCGGGCCCCGUCCCAGGCCGCGGGACAUUGCUGGCUGGAUGGACUGGAAUUGGCAUUGAGAUGCAGCAAUGCUAUGCUAAGAUGCUCUCGCUCGCGCCCAGAGGAAACUGUCGCAUCCGAAGCCCCGGCCACCAGAACGAACAUCUCCCAUGAGGAACUCGAGAAACAUUUCAACGAACAUGAAUUAGCCGGCGUCGGUUCUGACACUGACAGCGAAGGUUCGAGGGGCGGGAUGCCGGAGCCGGUCCACGAGGAUCCGACCGCCAGGAAGCAGAGCGUCCUGGCCAGGAUCGAGAGGUGCUACAUCGAAGAUCCGGACAUUGAAAUCGGAGCUGCAGGAGAAUUGGUGGAGGAAGUAGCGGAAGAGAACAAAUCUCUGCUUUGGUUCCUGCUGAAACAGGUCAGGCCCGGCAUGGACCUUUCAAAGGUCGUGCUCCCGACUUUCAUCCUGGAGCCAAGGUCGUUUUUGGACAAGUUAUCGGACAAUUACUAUCACGCUGAUCUUCUAGGCCAGGCCCAAACUCUAGAAGAUCCGUAUCAGAGGUUCAAGAGCGUGCUCCGCUGGUACCUGUCAGGGCUUUACAGAAAACCAAAGGGUCUUAAGAAACCCUACAAUCCAGUUUUGGGCGAGACAUUCCGAUGCUGCUGGAAGCAUAAGCAGCCGGAAUCCUACACUUACUAUGUGGCUGAGCAGGUUUCCCAUCACCCCCCUAUUUCAGCCUUUUACAUUUCGAACAGAAAGGAGGGUUACGUGAUCGAAGGAAGCCUUCUGGCGCGUUCUAAGUUUUAUGGUAAUUCAACGUCGGCCAUAUUGGAGGGGUGCGCCAGGAUCCACUUGCUGAACUGGGGUGAGACCUAUGUGACGACAGCACCGUAUGCCCAUUGCAAGGGUAUCGUUAUAGGAACGCUUAGUAUGGAGUUGGGAGGAAAGGUCCACAUCAUGUGCACCGACACAGGGUACCAGGCUGACGUCGAGUUCAAAUUGAGGUCCUUUUUGGGUGGCUCCGAUCAAACGAACGCCAUCUCCGGACGGAUCAAGAAAGGCAAGGACACAGUGGCCACAGUCGAGGGCUAUUGGGAUGGAAAAAUAGACAUUAAAGACAAGAAAACAGGGGAAGAAUCAAAUCUGUUGGACGUUGGUUUCCUGAAAGAGCAGCGCCUGCCCAGGUACCUGGUGCGGCUGGAGAACCAGCAGGACUACGAGUCGCAGAGGCUCUGGCUGAAGGUCUCGGAGGCGAUACAGAAUGAUGAUCAGAUCGCGGCUACGGAACAGAAGACUGUGAUAGAGGAAGCCCAGAGAGCCAGGGCGAGGAACCUGGUUGCUCCGUGGGUGCCGCGUUACUUCCACCGAGCAACCCAAGGCACCGUUCCCGACGGUAUUGUCGAUCAAGGCUGGAAAUACAAUCACGUAAAUACGAGUCCGUGGCAACCUGACGAGGUGCUGGAAUACGAGGAGGACUUCGUUAUAAGGACGCUCCGCUCGGGGGGCGGGUCCCCCAGGGCGGGGCCCGAGACCAGACAUCGCGAGCGGGAUCUCUCGCACAGGGCCUCCGACUCUGACAGCCGAGACGAGCUCGCUAGAAGAUCUAAGACUUCCACACGAACCCUGAAACAGACGCUGUAUUCGAUCGACGCGAACCUCAGAGAGCAGAAGCUGGCCAUCAUGAGGCUCUCGAAGGCCGUAGACCUGCUGACCGAGGGUCAGAAGGCGACCAGACCCCAGAGUUUGGGUCGCGUGCCAAGCACGGGACACUCGUGGGAUCUGUUCGGCGGGUUCGUACUGGCGAUGGUGUUGCAAGCGUUGCUCAACUGGAUUUUCUACCAGAAAGACUGAGGUUUAUGGUAGGUUUCUUUUUUCGUUAUUUUUUUUUACUAUCGUUCCGCGCUUACACUUUUCAGUGGUGUUUUCGUUAAAAUAUAAAAUAUUAUUGUCUGUUUAGAACAGUUUAAUAUAUUCUUUCGUCUUUUUUUUUGUUUUAAUGCAUAAUUUAAUGGCGCCGAGCAUAGACUAUAAACAAAAGGUAUAUUCAAAAAUUGUGUAUAUACAUUUAA